AUGUCGCCGUCGUCGUCGAACACUUUGCCAAAGGAAAAGUUCAGUGACGACAUCGCGUCANCCCCACAACAACAACCACCACGAGAUGAGGAAGCCGCUGAAGUCGCCAAAGAACAACAACAAGGCGAUCCAUUUCUUGUAGGAUGGGAUCCAGGCGAGGUGAACUACCCGAUGAACUGGUCGUCCGGGUACAAGGCCUUUGUCACUUUCAUACUCGGCAUGCUCGCCUUGGCCGCCAGUCUUGGUUCAUCCAUCAUCUCGCCCGCCGAAAGGCAAAUUGCCGAAUACACUGGCAUCUCUGGAGAAGUUGCAGUGCUGGUCAUCUCUCUAUACAUUGUCGGUUUCGCCGUGGGGCCUCUCAUCUGGGCUCCUGCCUCAGAAGUAUGGGGACGUAAAGUCAGCAUGUUGCCAGCAAUGGUCGGCCUUGGUCUCUUCAGUAUAGGCACCGCUGUUGGCAAGAAUGCCCAGACUAUCAUGAUAUGUCGUUUCUUCUCGGGCGUGUUUGGAUCCGCCCCCGUCUCGAACGUCAGCGCCGCUCUCGGCGACAUAUACUCCGCCAAACCACGCGGUACGGCUAUGACCUUUACGGUAAAUUACAUCCUCGCCCUCUCGCUGCGAAACCUCACUGAUUUUUGGAUAGCUGUGGCCGUCGUUGGAGGUCCCACGAUUGGGCCGAUUAUUGGCAGUUCGCUUACAGUCAAUGUCGGUUUCAGAUGGCCUUCGUAUAUUCUCGCUAUCUGGGUCUUUACCGUCUGUGUAUUCGCCUUCUUCUGCCUACCAGAGACGUAUUCUCCCGUUCUUCUGAAGAAGAAAGCACAACGUCUACGGAAAGAGACUGGCGAUUCACGAUGGCACCACCCUCAUGAGGAUGUCAAGCUGGAUGUCAAAUCAGUCGUUACAAAGCACCUCGCAAGGCCCAUCAUCAUGCUCACGACAGAACCGAUGGUCACCUGUAUCGCCUUCUACGCUUCGUUCGUGUACGGAAUCCUCUACAUGACCCUCGAGGUCUUUCCCAUCGUGUUUGAGCAGAACAGAGGGUGGCCGCUUAUCACAAGCACCUUGCCGUUCUUGGCACUCUUCGUGGGUGUGCUUUUUGCUGUCCUGGUCAAUCUGGCUAACCAGCCGCGGUACGCUCGUGCUGUUGACGCCAACAAAGGAAGACCUGUAAGUCAACAUUUUCUUAAUCUUGAAGCGCUGCUGCAGCGUUAUAGAGUAUUACGGUGCUGGCACUCUGCUUCUCGGCGGUCUAUAUGCAAAAACCGGCCAGAUUUGAGGGUUUAA